AUGGUGCUCAUUCUCAAGGGUGCCUGUCUCAAGGUUGCCCUCAAGGGUGCCAGUUCUGGUGGAGGCCAGUCUCAAGGGUGCCAGUUCUCUAGGGUGCCAGAAGGGUGCCAACCUCAAGGGUGCCAGUCUCAGUUCUCUGCCAAGUGCCAGUUCUCGGGGUGCCACUCUUGCCUCAAGGUGCCAGUUGUCAAGGGAGCCAGUUCUCAGUUCUCAAGGGUGCCUGCUCAAAGGGUGCCCGUUCUUAGCCCUCAAGGGAGCCAGAGGGUUGCCGUUCUCAAGGGUGCCAGUUCUCAAGGGUGCCAGUUCUCAAGGGAGCCAGUUCUCAAGGGUGCCAGUUCUCAAGGGUGCCAGUUCUCAAGGGUGCCAGUUCUCAAGGGUGCCAAUUCUCAAACUUGUUGCCGUCAGGUGCCAGAGUACUACUACGCGUUCGGGCCCACGGUCGACGGGGUGGUCAUCGACACCGACUUCGACACAGAUCGACAGUCUUACAUCAACCGCCUGGCCAGCUAUGACCUCAUCUUCGGCGUGACGCCCUCGGACGCCUUCUUCACCUUUAACGACGAUGACGUCAAGUUCGGCUUCGAGACAGACAAGAGAAACAAGAUCUUGAGGACUUUCAUCAGGAACACCUACAACUAUCACCUGACGGAGAUUAUGGCCACGGUAAUCAAUGAGUACACAGACUGGGUUCGGCCGGUGCGUCAUCCCAUCAGCACGAGGGACGAGACGCUGGCCCUCCUCUCUGACGCCCUGUACACCGCCCCCGUCAUGCACACCGGCAACCUGCACGCCCUCGCCUCCUCCAAGACUUACCUCUAUCUCUUCGACCACCAGACCAGAGGCGCCGACUACGAGCCACAACGACUGGGGUGUGUCCACGGGGAGGAGCUGCCCUACAUGUGGGGGGCGCCGCUGGUGGAGACCCUUGCCCACUUCCCCACCAAUUACACCCAGCAGGAGGUCAAGCUCGCGGAGGCGAUGCUCACCUACUGGACCAACUUCGCCAGGACCGGGAAUCCAAAUGAGCCGAUUGACCAGCAUCAUGACCGAGGCCUGGAGAAAAACAGGUUCAGGGCGCUGGAAUGGCCACUCUAUGAUGGCAUGCACCGCAAAUACAUCGAAAUUGACACCAAACCCCGGGUGAAGGACCACUACCGUUCCCACCAACUGAGUUUCUGGCUACAGCUGGUACCUCAACUUCACCGAGCUGGGAAGGACGCCCCUGAUGAUCACCACCACCUCGAGAACCAUAACGACUGGAACUCCUACCGGGGCUUCGUCAGGUCCGAGCCAGUCACCAGAGUCAUCUUGCCGCCGGAGACGACAACUGAGGCGACGACAACGCGGCAAUACAAUGUUUCAGCAGUACUGCAGUCAACUCCGGCCAGUGCAGAAGGCAGCAAUGGGACAGGAUUGCAUUCACACGCCUCCCUCAGCGACGGCUUUGCUGCUUAUUCCACGGCGCUCUCUGUUACCAUUGCCAUUGGGUGUUCACUCCUUAUCCUCAAUGUGCUCAUCUUUGCGGGGGUUUACUACCAGCGGGACAAGUCACGUAUGGAGGCGAAGAAAGUGGCAGAGAACGGCGGGUUGUUGGCGCCAGCCCAUAGCAUCAGUGGAGACGUGCACACCCCGCCAACACCCAGCCUAUCCGUCAAGGCAGAGGUGGCUGCCCGUAUGGGGUCGGCAGGCAUGAAGGCUCCCCCACCCACGCCCAUGACUCAGACCACACACCUGCCACCACCAGAGUUCGCCGACUAUCCCAGCCAGACAGCGCAUUAUGGCACAGCCCACGGGGUAUCGCACCUGCACACUCUGCCCCGCGGCACCAUGGCUAAAGUAGUCGCCUGCGAGAGCCAGAAUCAACAGGGAGGCGGCAGCCUUACCCUUUCCGUGCCGCGGGCCCCGCCUCCCCCUCAAGUACCCUGCCAUGGCUCAGAGGCUCAACCAUUACUGAAACAGACGUCCUUUACUCUCACUUCACCCCAUACUUCCACCUCUUCCUCUAAGAGCCCAACUAAAGACUCUAACGUAGGUGAGCUACGAGUAUAGCGUUACCAACAAGGCUCCCUAGCAAAGUCCCCUCCCCGCCCCUCCCGUGUCCACAAGCUCAGCCCGUGUAGACGCUCCACAACCCUCGCUUUAAGGUAGUUCUCCUGCAUAUUACCAUCACUAGUACAUGUUUUCAUUUAUACAGGCUUCAGAUCUAUGUGAUGAUACGUGACAAAUAACUCAAUAGGGUAGACUUACUAGACUCACUAUGUCCACCCUCAGUGCAAUGCUCCACUGCUGCUCAAAUACCUAAGUCAUCCCAGCGUCACAAGACUCACCGCCAGUGAUUCAACAGCACCAAACUAAGAAGCAGUAACCACCGUGCUGUGGGGUUUCAAUUAUAAGAAAAAAAAAUGCUGUCUUACAAAAGAUGGUGGAUUUAAACGAACGUUCUUGAUGCAGUGAAUCCAGAGUGGUUAUCCUACUAAGCAGUGAGAGUAUCAGGAAACAAUGAGAAACAUAAGUCGAUAACGUUGUGGAAAAUAGUAAAUAAUUGCCUCUUGUUAUGGGUUGAAUAAUAGAAGUUACAGACUGUUAAAGCUGUAAAAGAAUCUGGAUUUUGGCGAACAUUGUCAACGCACAUAACACGUGACUCCUCAAUGAUCAUUAUAAAUUGAGAGGGUUAAAAAAAACUGAUCAGAGUUACGUGGGCACAGCAGGCAAACACAGCUAAGGCAAAGACUGUAGAGCCACUGCGCCAUCUCAGCCUCAGCUAGUCGAGGUGUCCAAAACCCUGUAAUCUACUCUAGCUUGGUGAAAUUUGCUCUGUGAAUAGUGAGACCAAACUACGUAGAUGUACAAGUAUGAACAAUCGGUGAACGAAUUCCGAAGUUAUUGUGCUUUUAGGUAUUUGAAAAGACAUUUAUAUUGUUACUUACGUUGAAGCUUGUAUGACACAGGUUACUUGUAAAUACACGGGAAGCCUUGUUCAUACAGGGCAGUCGUGUAACGUUGCCAAGUGCAGUGGUGAGCUUGAAUGCAGUCAGCUGCAUCGAAUGUGAAAGUUAACAUUUUUACUCUUUUAAUGGAUACUGUAAAAUAGAUUCAUAACGUGUGAGUGAGAGAUCGUGUAAGGUCAACUGCUUUGCUUAACAAUCCUGAACAAUUGGUGCAGAUGUGCAGUCUUCAUUAUUAAUUUAAGUGUUCUUUAUGAUGGUUUUGUAAGUGUUCUAAUUUAGCCUUUUUUUAUACUGCAUUGUUAAUGUGAUCAGCUGCUUUGACACUUUCGCAGAGUCGUGCAGUCAAUCAAAUGCUCGAUAGACGUAAGGUGGUCAGCGUCGCCCCCUCUUACAUAAUACCCUGACCAUGGUAUAAAGUAAACUUUGACUCGCCCAGAACCUCCUAAUUUUUAAAGUUUGAGAUUAAAGAAGAAGUGUACUUUCCUUUAAUGCUAGUUUACUAGUCACAGUCUCACACAUACUGUACAUUUGAGAGAAUUGUAUAACAUCAAAAGUUAUUUUGUGUUGUAAAUAACGACUCAUUUUACCUAACUAACUGCCUGAGACUUAAAGUGGCUGAUCAUGUUACGUCACAACUUUAUGAAACCUGAAUUCUGAAAGCCCAUCUAAGUGCGCGUGUGUGCGCGUGUGUGUGUGUGCGCGUGUGUGUGUGUGUG